AUGGGGGAAUCCCUUCUCACGACCCUAUCCAUGGAAAACCAGCAUCCGUCUACCCUGCUCUCCAUGGACCCGACCGGCGCCCCCUCGAUGGCUUCAUCCCACGACGAAUCGGACAGAGAGAUGAUGCUCCAGCAGCGGCAGCAGAUGGGAACCCUCUCUCGCCCACCGGACAUCAACCUCCCCCUCUCCGCCGAGCGCUCCCCUCCGCCGCCGCCGUGGAACUCCGAUCCCUGCGACAUCCUCGACGUCGGCCUCGGUCCGCAGCUCUACGAGACCGAGUCUCUUCUCAGCAUCCCCAAGGCCGGAGCUCGCAAGUGCGCCAGGCGCGGAGAUAGCAUCUGGGGAGCCUGGUUCUUCUUCAAUUUCUACUUCAAGCCCGUCCUCUCCGAGAAGGCCAAGGGCAAGGUCACCCGUGACGCCGGCGGCGUCUCCGGCUUCGACAAAUCCGACCUUCGACUCGAUACCUUCCUCGUCCAGCACGACAUGGAGAACAUGUACAUGUGGGUCUUCAAGGAGCGGCCGGAGAACGCCCUGGGGAAGAUGCAACUGCGGAGCUACAUGAAUGGCCACUCUCGCCUCGGGGAGCCCCAGUUCCCCUUCAGCGCCGAGAAGGGCUUCGUCCGAUCCCACCGGAUGCAGCGGAAGCAGUACAGGGGUCUGUCGAAUCCGCAGUGCCUGCACGGGAUCGAGGUCGUCCGGCAGCCCAAUCUCAGUAUGGUUUCAGAAGCGGAUCGGAAGAAAUGGUUGGACCUCACGGCGAGGGAUAUCAAUUUCUCGAUUCCUCCCGAGGCCAGCGACUUCGAGUCGUGGAGGAACCUCCCCAGCACGGAGUUCGAGCUCGAGAGACCUCCUCCUCCUCCCCCACUGAAGAACGCCUCCCAUUCUCAUCACCAGAGGAGACUUCUCAAUGGCUCGGGCCUAAAUCUCUCCACCCAGCCGUCGAACCAUGUGGGCGCCGAGCAGAUGGAUCUCUCCCCGGUGUGCAACAAGCGCCGGAAGGACUUCUUCCCCCAGGGGAUAGACGAGGACUGCAACCUGCCCGUCAAUUCUUAUUCCGAUCGGGUGGCACAGGACGCGGAGAUCCAUCCGGCGGAGCCCUCCUGGCUGAACGAAUUCAGCGGCGUGAUGCGGCACGUCUACGGGCCGGUGACGGCGGCGAAGACCCUCUACGAGGACGAAGAAGGGUACCUGAUCAUGGUGAGCCUGCCCUUUUCGGAUCUGCAGAGGGUGAAGGUCUCCUGGAAGAACACUCCCACCCACGGAGUGGUGAAGAUCCUCUGUGUCAGCACUGCUCGGAUGCCAUAUAUAAAGAGGCAUGAUCGGACAUUCAAGCUGACGGACCCGUCUCCUGAGCACUGCCCUCCAGGUGAGUUCAUCAGGGAAAUACCUCUGCCCACCCGCAUCCCUGAGGAUGCCAAGCUAGAAGCCUAUUACGACGAGACUGGUGCCGUGUUGGAGAUCACCGUCCCGAAGCACCGCCUGGAGCCGGAAGAACACGAGGUCAGAGUGUGUCUUCGUCCCCCCUUGGAGCUGAUGAACUCUUGCUGA